UAGUUCCAUUCCAUGCUCUCUUUUCCACACCAACCUUGUAACAAUUAUUCUAUUUGUUGAAUGAGUCUUUGUUUUGUUCAAUUUUUUACUACUUGUUAAUUUCUAUGAUCUUGGUUCUAUGCUAGACUUCAUGUCUUCUCCUCCCUCUCUAGACAUAUAGAGAGAGAAGAAAGUGUUAUCAUAAGAAGAAAAAACAAUUCAUCAUGUUGCAAAGAGCUGCAAGCAAUGCUUAUUCAUGGUGGUGGGCCAGCCACAUUAGAACAAAGCAAUCAAAAUGGAUGGAACAAAACCUCCAAGAUAUGGAGGAAAAAGUACAAUCUGUUUUAAAGCUUCUAGAAGAAGAGGGAGACUCAUUUGCAAAAAGAGCACAAAUGUAUUACAAUAGGAGACCAGAGGUAAUAAACUUCGUUGAAGAAUCGUUCCGCGCAUACCGAUCUUUAGCCGAUAGGUACGAUCACUUAUCAACGGAGUUACAAAAUGCCAACAACACAAUUGCUUCUGUCUGUCCAGAAAGAGUUCCUUAUAUGGAUGAGGACGAUGACGAAGCAUCGCCAAGGCCACCAAGAAAAAUGCCAGAAGGAUUGAAACCAAACGUUCCGAAAGCUCCAAAGACUCCACUCAAAGAUUUAAAAAGUGUCAUAACGACAGCGACAGCCACAAGGAAAUUCAGUAACAAGAAAGCAUCUUCAUCAACAACUCCUAAAGCUCCUAAAUCAGGAUUGAGUAGAAAGCAAGCAAUUGAAGAGGUUGAUAAACUUCAGAAACAGAUUCUAGCAUUACAAACUGUGAAAGAGUUUCUGAAAAGCUCUUAUGAUAAUUCCAUUGCUAAAUAUUGGGAUACUGAGGGACAGAUUAAGGAAUUGCAAGAGAGAGUUUCCAAUUUGCAAGACGAACUUGGUGAAGGUGUUGUUAAUGUUAUUGAUGAUGAGGAGGCUCGCCGUUUGAUGGCAGAAGCGGCUCUUAAAUCGUGCCAAGAAACAUUGUCACGUUUGCAAGAGAAACAGGCAGAAUCGCUUGAUGAGACGAAAAUCGAGUCCAAAAGAGUAAGGGAAGUAAGGGAUAAGUUAAGUUCCCUUAUGAAUCAACUUCAAUAUGAUCAAUCCAAUUCGCAAAAGCCGAGGCCAAAACGAGGUGUAAAAGAAGUAACAGGAACAAAGGAUUUGAGUGAAGAUGUGGAGACAAUGACUAAGCAGAGACAAGAGUUGCAGUUAUUGCAAGAGAAGAUUAAAGAACAUUUCGAGGCUGGCUCAAAUUCGACUUUAACCGUGUCAGAAAUGGCAGAAAAAAUUGAUGAGCUUGUUACAAAAGUGAUUAGUUUAGAAUCUGCUGUUUCUUCUCAAACAGCUUUGGUAAAGAAUUUAAAAGAUGAAACUGAUGAACUCCAUUCGCUGGUUCGCAACCUUGAAACGGAAAAGGAAAGUUUGGUUAACGACAAAGUUAAAUUGAACGAGAAACUUAGAGAAAUGGACGAAAUGGUGAAUGAACUGCAAGAACUAAACCAAGUUGUUGAAGAUCAGAACAACAAUCUUCAAACUCAUUUCACCGAAGCGCAUUGUAGUCUUGAUAAUCUCUCUGAUAAAGUCCCAAAGGUGAUACCAGACGAGGAGGAUAUGGUGAGUAAAGUAUUUCAAACAGAAGAGGAAGUAUUUCAAACAGAAGAGAAUUCAUCAACAGAUGAUGAACCGAAACAUGAUGUUAAAUCACAAGAUGCAUUGAGUCAAGACAAAAUCUUGUUGAAUGUUGAUGAUGCAAAGUCCAAUACGGCCAUUGAUUCAUUGGAAAAUGAAGCCCAAAAGGUGAUACCCAACGAGGAGGAUAAGGUGAGUGAAAUAUUUCAAACAGAAAAGAAUUCAUCAAUAGAAGAUGAACCGAAACAUGACGUUAAAUCACAAGAUGCAUUAGAUCAAGACAAAAUCUUAUUGAAUGAUGGUGCAGAGUCCAAUACGGCCAUUUAUUCAUUGGAAAAUGAAGUUAAUGUCGCUGAUUCACAAAUAAAAGAAGAAACAAUCUCAGUGGAAAAUGAAUCUCCUAUAGUGUUGAAAGAAAGAGAAAAGACUCAUGAUAUUAGCAAUAACAGUAUAAUACAAUCAAUUGAUGCUGGAAAUCAUGAAAAGGAUUAUAAGGAAAUUUCAUCCGAGACAACUACUACUUUUAAAGAAGAUUCCGAGGAGAAAGCAACAACACCAGAAGAUAAUGCUUUGCUUUUAGAGUAUAGGAACACUCUUAUGAAUUAUGAAGAAGUGAAGAACAAACUCAGCGAAUUAGAGAAGAAUCAUCAAGAUGCACUCUUUGAGUCAUCAUUGCAGGUGAAAGAAUUGAAGACUUCUAAUGCCGUGAAAGACGAAGAGAUUCGACUCCUACGUCAGAAACUAAGUCUUUUGCACAAAAGCCUUGAGGGAAAUGAAGAAAUCGGAGAGUUACCUCCUUUGCAGCCACCAGAAAAUCAUGUUAUUGAGAAAAUGUUUAAGUUAGAAGAACCAGAAUCAAGUUCUGCUGUUGAAGAGAAGUUUCGGAUGGGUAUCGACGAACUUCUCGAGGAGAAUCUAGAAUUCUGGAUGAAAUUCAGCACUUCUUUCACCGAGAUACAGAAAUACGAAACAACUACAAAAGAUUUACUGAUUGAGGUAUCGAAUCUCGAAACAAAAUGGAAAGCAACAGAAGGAAGUACUAGCACUAAAUAUUCAUUGAAAUCAGAUGCAAGACCACUUUAUAAACACCUUGCAGAGAUUCAAAAUGAACUCACAUUAUGGUUGGAAAACAGCGCGUUGCUGAAGGAAGAACUUCAACAAAGAUUCUCGUCGUUGUGUGAAAUCCAAGAAGAGAUAACAACAGCAUUGAAAGUGAGUGCUGAAGACGAUGAUUUCAAGUUUACAAGCUAUAAUGCUGCAAAAUUCCAAGGAGAGGUUUUGAAUAUGAAACAAGAGAAUCAUAAAGUUGCUGAUGAGCUUCAAGCUGGGUUUGAUCUUGUAACAACUCUUCAACUUGAUGCUGAGAAGGCUCUUGCAAAGUUGAAUGAAAAAUUUGGACUGUCAAAUUCCAAGAGAAACCAGACGAGACCUUCGGAUUCGAAGAACGCUGUUCCUCUAAGGUCAUUUAUCUUUGGAGUCAAACCAAAGAAACAAAAACAGUCUAUCUUUUCAAUGCAUAGGAAAUACCGUGUAAAGUAAUACUCAUACUGCAUUUUGUUCAAUUUUUUAAACUGUUAAUUUUAUUGGUUUCAUUAGGUAGGGUAUGUAUUGAAAUUUGUUAGAGAUUGCAAUUGGCCUUUUUUACUUAAGGGAGAAUAUCUUCAUUUUAUACUUGUCUAUAUAUAUUGUAAGAAGUGUGACCAAAUGUGUGUAGGGGCUUUAGAUUACCCUAUGUAUUUUGAGCCUUUUUCAAUGUACA